GGAGGGGAGCGAAUGUUCAUUGGCUUAGUCGGCUCUUUCUCGCUGCCGGCGCCGGUCGACUCAGCGGCGGACCUGUGCGUAGUGACUUGGUGAAGUGAAGUUAUUUCAAUUAAAAGUGACAAAGUGCUCCGAAAUUCACUGCUACUGGCUGGCGGAUUUAUUGAAUACAUAUCAAAUAAAUAAGUUCCUGUAACGCCGUCGAUCGCGGCUUUAAAUUAAACAAGCAUGUGUUUAUGAGUGGAGCACGGGAGAUGGGGGGCGCGCGGUUCGUCGCGUGCGCGCUGCUGCUGCUCUGUCCGCUGGCCCUGAGUCGCCACGACGAGGACUUCGCCUUCGACAACAGCGAGGAGUUCCAGGUUGAACUAACAGCAAACCAUUCAGAAAUAGCGAAAAAUGGCCUAAAAAGGUUGUGGGGUGUUCCUGACACAUCGGCCUACGUGGGACACUUGUUCCGAAUGGAAAUACCCAAACAAGCAUUCACCGGCGACGUGCUAGCGUAUAAGGUUCACAGCGAAGAUGGACGCCGCACGCCAAGCUGGCUGGCCGUGGACUCGAGACACGGGCUGAUCAGCGGCGUACCGCAACCGCAGGACCUCGGCCCGCACACCUUUACCGUCACCGCGCACGGACGGACCCGCGGGCUCAGCGCGACGGACUCGUUCGCUAUCGAGGUGAAGAAAUCGGAAGAAAAGCCCCACUCCAGAUACGGCUCUUGCGUGGGCUCCGAAAACCGCCUAGUGCUCGCUGUCCUGGUGGACGGCGCCUUCCAGAACAUCUCUCCACGGCAGAGGAUACGCGCGCUCAUGGAACUCGCCAGCUUCAUGGCCCUAGACUGGGACGAGUUCUGGAUCGAGCCGUACAAGACGGAAACGGCGCGGACGCAGUCGGUGCUGAUGAGCGGUGCCGGCUCCGCCUCGCGCAGGCACGGCGACGCCACCACUGCCAUCAGCUUGAAUGUGGGCUGCGGCGAGAAGCUAUGGAGCCGGCAUAAGGUGCUGGUGGCAGGUCUACGCGAGCAGUCCCGCGACGGCACGCUGGCGCACCUGCUGCGGCUGCCCGUCAUCGGCUGGCGGCUGACCGCCGUCAAGCCCGUGCCCCGGCUCAAGAGACAGUCACCCCAAGACCUGGACGACGGCUCGGGAGCCGGCUACGACAACUACGACGACGAGGAGGACGCGGGUGACUACAGCGGCUACGACGACGCCGACGACGACGACAUUUACAAGGACGUCGACCCGCCCGCCGGACCCGAGAUGGUGGACGCCCCGCCCCCUGCCCUCCCCCCCGCCGCGUCCCCGCCCCCGCACCCGCACCGCCACCACCACGGCGAGUCACCCGACACCACCACCGACACGUUUCAGACCGAGGCGCCGCCGACGACGCUCCCCACCCCUCCCCCGCACACCCCCGCCGAGCCCGCCACCCUGCCUCCCUCCCCCACCCCCACCCCGCCCUCCCCGCCGCCCGCCACCCUCCCCGUCACCGCCACUGAAGGAACUACGCGCGCUGAGGAAACCACUCCCGAGCCCACCUCUACUAAUACAUAUACCACGGAGCUGGAACCUAAAGUGAAAAUCACUCCAUACGGCGCCGAAACAGCAUCAGAAGCCAGUAUUGUCAGUUAUUCCGCCGUCCCAGCGACAAAUCCCAGGACCUUCGACCAUGACCAUGUCAUCAUAGUACCUGGUGACGAUGCCACCACCACAGAAGCCGAAACGCAGACCGUUAUAAUUCGCGCGUCCAACGAGCCCUCUUCCACCGAGCCGCCACCCUCUCCCACCACGCCCGAGGCCACAGCACCCACACCAGCUACCACGUCGUCGACAACCACAACAACGUCGACAACUGAGGCGCCGACCACGACGUCGACAACGUCAACGACGUCUACAACGUCAACGACGACGGAGGCCGCGCUGCCUGAGACCGAAAUUACGGAAAUCACGAAGGAGGAGGCAGUGACACCAUCGGAACGAUCAAGCACAAUCUUCGGCCGAACCACUGAGACUGUGACGUUCCCAAUACCUGUGACCAAGAAACCGCCAUCGCUCAAACACCACAUGAAGAAGGUCGCCACUGCCGCUGGGAAAGCAUUUAGAUACGUGAUCCCCGCGAACCUGUUCACGGACCCCGAGGACGACAACAACCUGACGUACAGCAUGUACAUGAAGGAGGGCACCAAGCUCGGCAGGAACUCCUGGAUACAGUUCCUGCCAUCCAAACUGGAGGUGUAUGCAUUGCCCUUAGAAGCGCACGUGUCUCGCUGGAACUUCGUGAUCGAAGCACAAGAUAGCGAGGGCCGCACAGCUCAGGGACCGCUCGAUAUCACCGUCCAACAGCACAAAGCCGCCCGGACAAUCAACCACCAGUUCGUCAUGCACUUCAAACUGAAUAAGACCUUCACUUACGACCUGGACUGGCAGAUCCGCGCGCUCGAAGGCAUCGUCAACCUUCUGGCCACAGACAUGCACCACAUUACUGUGCUGAAUGUGUCGCAGAGCGGGGACGUCUGCGAGUUCGUGUGGACCAACGAUACGCUUCCUAAGGAAACUGCUUGCCCUAUGGAUGAUAUUAAGAGACUGAUGCAGAUAAUGGAGACGAGCCCCGAAUCUCAUUUGCCGUCUCAGCGCCUGCUGGAGGUGAUGUCGCCCGAGCUCGCCGUGUUGGACGUGUCGUGGCGCGGCGCCGGACGCUGCGCAGGCGCCGGUCUCGCGCCCACCCCCGCCACGCGCGCGCCCGACACCUACCCGCCCGUCACGCGCAACCAGGUCGACAUGCUGCGCGCCACCGUCGGACACCUGCUGCUCUACAAGGUGCCCGAGGACACAUUCUUCGACCCCGAGGACGGCGGCACGCGCAACCUGGCGCUGUCCCUGCGCUACCAGGACCGCAGCGAGCUGCCCGCGCCGCACUGGCUGCAGUUCGACGCGCGCAACCAGGAGUUCUACGGCCUACCUUCAGCCGCCGACGUCGGCACCGUCCACUACCAACUGAUCGCUGAAGACUCGAGCAAGAAGAGCGCCUACGACAGCCUAAUAGUGGAAGUGAUGAAGGCGCCGGCCAUCAAGCCGACCGUCGAGUUCCAGAUGACGCUCGACUACGACUUCGAGCAGCUCGCGCACAGCGCCAACAAUAAGAGGAAGAUCGUCGAGAAACUGGCCGCGCUCUUCGGCGAUAAGGACACCAGCAAUAUUAGGAUUCGGAAUAUUACGGACCAUCCGCAUGCUAGCACUACUAUUAUUUGGUACAACACCAGCUUACCAAUGGAUAGCUGUCCAAAAGACAAAAUCGAGACGCUCCGCAAAAUGAUUAUCGCCGACGACGGCGCUCUAAAAGACAUCGUCGACACCGUGUUCGACAAGGAGAAGGUCAUGUCGAUAACCCUCAUCCCGCUAGGGUUGUGCGGCGACCAGAACACGAAGAUCGUCAAGCCGCCGCCGCCGCCGCCGGGCGGGUCGCCGACCCUGCACGCCGGCAAGCCUGGUGCGGCGGCCGAGGCCGGCUACACGGAGUACCUGGUCACCUUCGUCAUCCCCGCCGUCGUUAUCGUCUGCAUGCUGCUCGUGGCCGGCAUCAUCGCCUGCGUGCUCUAUAGGAGGCGACGAACCGGAAAAAUGAGCGUCGGCGACGAGGAGGAGCGCCAGGCGUUCCGCUCGAAGGGCAUCCCGGUGAUCUUCCAGGACGAGCUGGACGAGCGCGGCGACGCGGAGCCCGUGCACAAGAGCCCCGUCAUCAUGCGCGAGGAGAAGCCCCCGCUGCUCCCGCCCGCGCCCGACUACCGCGGCGACGACGCGCCCUACCGCCCGCCGCCGCCCUUCGCCGCCUCCCGCACCCCCCCGAGGCCCAAGGCCACGCCCACCUACAGGAAGCCUCCCCCGUACGUCCCGCCUUAACUCGCCUUUCGUCUUUCUCGAUCCCGAGUUCAUCGCUAGGACUAACAUUUUCGUUCGGAAUCAGCUUUACUAGUCGACGAUAUCCAAAUUUUUCUUUCCUAUUUAUUUCUUUCGCCCUUCGACGCGAUCGCGAUGUUCAGGUCGAUUCACAAGAGCUGGCACGAAUGAAUGAGUGAAUAUAUACAGGUGUCACUGAUACAACUCGUACAAUGAAAGUUUCGUUCAUUCAAUUCGUGCCAGCUUUCGUGAAUCAACCUGUAGUUGUGGACGAAAUGCAUUUAUUACAAAAUUAUUGAUAAGUAGGGUUAGCCUCGUAUCGUCGAAACAAGGAAUUGCACCGUUAACGUUUAGUGGCCGCGAAUUUCUUCGUCGUAAUUUAAGUCGCGAAAUAGAAUUGUGAGGUUUUUAUACAUAUUUGGUGACUUCGCGAAACAAUAAUUAAGUGUUAUUAUUGUUGAAGUAGAUGACGUUGUUAGCUCUUAGCGUAGGAGGAGCUCUGUCACUAAUGAUAUCGCGUCUAGUGCAACGAUUUGUGAGUGCUAACCUAUUAGGUGAUUGUAAACCUAAAUACUUACAUAAUAAGGUUCCAUUUUGAAUGUUUUCUAGUAAUUUCGACGCGAAGUCAUUUUAUAAGUCUAUUUGCUCUUACAUUUUGUUGCCUAGACAUGAGAUGGGACUUCUGUAUGCGUCACAUGAAGUAUACUAUGUAACAUACGCACCGCAUCAGUAGUGAGGUUCGGCUUGAAGCGUGCCAUUUCGAACAUGUGACAUUUAAAGUAAAACAUAUCGACAACUGUAAUGUAACAUGUUAGCCUUUAGCGUAGUUCUUCCAUACACGAUAUUUUGUAACAAAAUUAUGUAAGUAGUGUGUGCAUGCGACGUCGUGAUAUGGGGUGUGAGGCGCGUACCUGCAGUAGAUAACUGUCAUAAAAUGUAUACAAUUUGUAGCCUUAUACCGUUGUAAUAAGGUGUAAAACUGUAUACAUAUUUAUGAUAUUGACUGUAGUGUCGGGCUAGUUCGAAUCGAAUCCUAACUUCGCCGCCGGAACGAAGUCCUUUGCGGCGGCAACUGUUAAUUACAAUUAACGUUUAUGUAUUAAUAAAAAUAUACAAUCGACUUUAAUCCUAGGCUACGAAUAGAUAUUUUUAAGGAUAAAAUAUCAUUUUGUACUUGUCUAAUUAUUACCAUAGGGUAUAAGGUUAACAAAUGUGUAAACGAUAUAGACUAUGAACGAAAUGAGCUAUAUAAAAUAACUUUCCUUUGGAUGUAUUUUUUUCUACUGUACUCAUUUAGAGUUUGCAUUUAUAGAUCUUUUUAGUGUUAUUAUUGUACAAUUUUAUAUGACAGCGAGGUUUUUUUUUUUUUUUUCUUUAUAUUCGUUUCUUAAUAGUUGUACUUAAUUGUGUCCGUUAACAAAUACCGAACCAUUACUGUCAUUUGAUAGACUUAAUGUUGAUCGAUAUAUACGCACAUAAUCGUAAGUUAUUCGAGUUUGUAUAAAUUCGGCAAAAAUUCGACUCCUGAUUCUGUCAAAGACCAUUUAUAUUAUAUGUGCUUUGUGACAGGGUUAAGAAUUUAUUGACAAAGGGAUUUAAUUUUUGCGAUAAUUUAUACUCGAGGUUACUAUGGCGAAACUCCGUGAAAUUAUAUCGUGUCUGUGUAUGUAAUCUGCAUUCUAGUCCAGACAGCUAUAAACCAAGAAGUGAUUUGACAUACUUACAAUAAGAAAUAAUAAGUCAACGGAGUUUUCUUCAUAAAAAUUACCUAACAAAUGUUUGUAUUUGACAGGUUUUUUACUUGGAAAUAAAAUAAAAUGGUCUAGUAAA